UCCACUUGCCUGCUGAACAGAGACCGGACAAGCAGAAUUGGUGAGUGAGGAGAGUGUGCAAAGGAAUGUGACAGACUUUUUUCAAUGCCAAUUUGGACUUCUAUUUUGUUUUCCUAACUGGACACGGGCAAUGUCUGAAAGCAUAGUGAGGAAGGUCCAGCCCUUCACUAUUGGGACGAGGCUGUCAGUCCCGGCUGUGCCAAAAUGCCAGGAGUUUACACAGAGUUAUCUGCAGAGCCAGAGUCUGGAUAACUGCACCCUACAGCACAACCUGAACUCGCUCUACCUCGGCCGAUCCCAGGUCUGUGCACGUGGCCCCUGUCUGGUCUCACCCAUGGUCAAGCAGGCAGCCCCCCUGAAACACCAGCAGGAGGACAUGGCAGCUGAGGACCACCUGAACCAGAACGUUGCCUCUCCCUCAGCUGUGUCCAGAUCCAUCAAGAAGAUCACGAUCUCCGGGAGUAAAGACAGAUCGGAGAGCAAGGUGUCAGCCGGACCAGCGCAGCUGUCGAUCGGGUCCACAUCUGAAAACAACAAUAACAACAACAACAUCACCAGCAGCACAUCAGACCCACAUCUGCCGAGGAUUGUAGGUGUGAGCUGUGAGAAUAAGCCCAGCUCUCACUUCAAGGUUUUACUCAGAAAAGACAGCAGCGAUGAAUUACAGCCCACGCAGGAACAAAGCAGGGGGGAACUGAGCGGAGACAAGUCCGUCCAGCAGAUUUCAGUGCCUGUAUCGCAGAGGAAGGAAAGUCAUCCACACACACAGAAUGAAGCAUCUGCAGCUGUUACAUCCCAGAGUGACUGCUUCACUCAGCGCACCUCGCUCUUCAACAAGGAAGCGCUGCAGGCAGAGGCCUGGAUCAAAGGCAAGCUGCAGGAUUUGAAGGAUGGAUGUAAUAUUCAGCGCUGCCCCCUGCAGGACUGGGAGGAAGCCUCGCAGACACUUCAGAGAGACCUCAAAGACUUUGAGAACACCCUGAUUCAACUCAACCAGAUGGGUGAGCAGUUGAUCUGCAAGCUGAACCCCACCUCUGACCUGGUGAAGAAGCAGCUCAGCCACCUCAGGGACCAGUGGCAGACCCUGAAACAGACGGCUGCAAAUCAGACGAGGGCCCUGGGUGGAGCCAAAAACCUGCAGGAGUUCAACAAGAAAGUGGACAAGCUGGAGGCAUGGAUUAAAGAGAAACAGGAAGAGGAGCAGUCUCUGGUGAAUGUCCUGGAGGAAAAUGUUGACAAAAUGCAGCUGACUAGGAGAAUUUUAGAUCUGAAACAGGAUGAGCAGCUCCACAGAAACCUCCACGAGGAGAUCAACCACUUGGCCCUGAAACUGGAGAAACAAGGGAGGACAGAUGGCAAAAACAUCUCCAGCAGGAGGAAACACAUCAAUAAAAUGUGGCUGAGGGUCCAGUCUCAUCUGAAAAACUACCAUGAAAACCUUCAGCUGGCACUGGAGGUGUCCUCGUUUUACCAGCAGGCGGAUAAUACGUUGUUUGCUAUUAGUAACAUGAGGGAAAGCAUAUCUGCGUGCCAAGAGCUGGACAGCUUCGGAGAUAGAGAAAUACGUGACAUCGCCAGCCAAAUCAUGAUGCUAGAUGUGAGCGUGUCCCAGCUGUCUAAUCUCCAUCCUGCCCUGGCUGCUGGCGUCACACAGAAGCAGAGUGAAGUGAAGGACUGCUGGGCGCUUCUUCAGAAGGUUUUCAGGAGUGACAGGACCACACUCUCUCCCACUGGCUCCACUUUCACCAGGGAAGAUGCUGACCCCUUGACACCAGCCCGAGAACCCCAUUGCAACGUGGGAACGGAGACACAAAGGAUCAUGGGAAAGGAGGUGAAGGAGGAGCAGAAUCGUAUGAAAGGCUGCGUGAGCACUAUUGAAUGUGGGGUUGGUAGGAGGACACCGGGCAACCAAAGCCAAGAGCGGCAAUCAGUGAACCACACCUCAUCACCCAUGGGAGACCGCCCUGCCUGUGCAAAUGAUGUCAUCGUCAGACAUCUAUUGAAGGGGGAAAGCAGGAAGCCCAGAACGGAGCCCAAGCUUGCCACCGCCCCACGAGGCCACCCACAGCUUCACAUACAGCUCCAGAAGUUCACCGUCUCUGCUGACAAGACUUUGUCCUGGCUGAAGGAGAAUGUGUCCAUGGCCACACAAGUGUGUUCAAUAGCCACCUUUGAGGGGCUGGAGGCAGCCAGGAGGUGUCAACACUCUCUGGAACAAGAAAUCCUCACCAACAGGGCCAGGAUAGAGGUCGUCAAAAGAGAGGGCCGGGGGCUGGUCCGAGCACAGCAUCCAGGCAGCGCCAAGAUUGAGGAGUUCCUCGGCCAGCUGGAGGUCCUGUGGGAAGAGCUGCGGAGGAGGCACCAGAGGAACGCCGUGUUUCUGCAGGCCUCAGAGGAGCUGGGCUUUAGGGUUGUAAAAGUGCUCCAGGCCUUGGGCAGCCUGGAGGCCUGGCUGGAGUCUGUGGAGCUCUCCAUGAAGGAAUCUGCUCUAGCCGGUGACCCUGAAACAAUGAGCAUGGCUGAGAGGGAGAGCUGUCUGCUGGAGAAAGAGGUGGCAGCACGCAGCUUGGAGCUUAGUGCUCUGAGGCAGGAGGUGGACCGCCUCCAUGGCCACAGUCACCCCCACACACGAGGCCUGCCGGCGCGCAUUGAGGAAGUGGAAAGAAAGUACCAUCGUGUCCAAAGUGCCCUGACCCAGCAGAACUCAGAGCUGCAGGACACGCGAAUGCUGACUGAGUUCCUGGAGCGUGUGGAGCUGGAGGAGAGCCAGGAGCUCAGCGGUGGUCAGUACAGUCUGGGCCAGCCUCUUCACAGUGGGAUUUCCUCAGCUCCUACAUUGCUGGGACUCCAAAGCAGUGGCGGCAGUGAGCCCCUGAUAGAAAGCAUGGGGGACCCGGUGGAGGAACUACGAGAGGCAGUAGAGAUGCUGAAUGACACUGCUCGGGAAAGAGGCCGAUCACAGAGCCACGACCAGGCCAUCCAGGAGCUGCUGAGCAAGCACGCCAGCCUGGCGGUGCGCGUGGAGGAGUGCUUGAGCUGCAGCAAGGAGCUGAGCCUGGACAUCCUGGAGAAGGAGACAGACAUGGCCGUCCAGUGUGAGCCAGACCGCUGCGGCCUAGAGGCUCUGCAGGAGAGGCAGGACCACCUGGAGAUUGACUAUGAAGUCAUCAGGGAGGAGGUAAACGAGACGGAGAGCCAGGCUUCCCGGUUGGAGGAGCUGUGCCCAGAGAGAGUGCACGUACUCGGGGCAAAGAUCCAGGCCAUGUUGCAGGGCUGGACAGAGCUGGGGAAGAGUGUGACAGAGAACAAAUCACGUCUGCGAGAGUUUGUGCAGCUCCAGGACUUCUUCAGGAGCUACCUCGCAAUGAUCUCAUGGACUGAAGACACCAGGUCCUGCAUUUUCUCAGACACCGCUCUGCAUCUUGGGAAGGACGGCCAGAGGCCACUCGCUGCAGAGCUGGACAUGCAGAUAGAGCAAAAGUUUGAGGAGUUUGAUGAGCUGGUGGCCACUGGGAUGAACCUCUUAGACAAAGAACACCACCUCACACAGAUGGUAAGAGAGCGCAUGGAGGAACUGAGGAGCAUGCUUGGGUGGAUCUUGGUGCACUGGAGGGCUCAGAAACAACAGUGGCUUCACAAGAAGAGCAGACAGGAACCUUCACAAGAUAACAUUUAUUCUGAGGCCACAAUGUGCUCUCCGUUAACUGAGAGUUCAGCUCCUGAGCUAGAGGCCCUUCAGUCCCAUCAGUCGCUAGUCGUCAUCUCCGAUCAAGACAAAUUAAAGGCAUCAGGGGACAGCCGGCCCCCAUCCCUGUCGCCAAGACAACCUGAGCAGCAGGAGGAGAAGAAGUUAGAGGAUGGGUAUGAGGUCAUGAACAGUAUCGGACCACGGGGCGGCGAGGCCACCUCUGCAGAGUCUCCCAAACCCUCUAUUGUGGUCCUCAAAGAGCCCAGCAGCCCUGCUUUAGGGGGCACGGUCAACCUCAUCCUUAGCUUUGGUAACACAGGUGACAGCCAGGUCCAGGUGCUUGACCCGCCUGCUAGGACGGAUGAGGUAGUGGACGAGACCUCUGAGCCUGUCCACAGGGUAAGUACGUACUUGCAUGUCAAGGAUAACAACUUGGCUGUGGCCCCCGUGUAUGAGAGUAUCACCCUGCCCCGCCAAAAGAGCCGCUCUGCAUCCUCAGGCUCCCCUACUUUCUCGCCAUCCUCCUCCUCCUCCUCGCCAUCUUCCUCGGGGCAUGCACCUCAGAUGGCUAACGUCACCUUCCACCCUUCGGCGGGCAGCGGCAGCAGCUCCAUCUUCAGCAGCCUCAAGAGAAUGGGCAAGAAGAGAAAGAGGAAGAGAGAUGCUCGCAGGCAUACGAUCCAGAAAAUCAUGGGAGUGGAAGAGCAGACAGAAGGGAUGCCUCACCAUGCCUGCGAGACAAUCACGUACGACACGCAUACAUGGCCGCUGAAGGAAGGCAGAAGAAAGAAGAGCUCACCAAAGAGUGGGGAUGGAGUGGAAGCGAUGGCCUAUAUGAAGAAUCCCCUGCUGAAGGACAUUGAUACAGAAUGUUCAGGGGAAUACAGCAUUACUCCAUAUGCUGUAUCAGAGGGGCCCACCGCUUUGCCCCCCACAAAUCAUGUGAGGAGCCACUGCAGAUUCCUCUCUUUGGGCUCUGUGCUGAGCUUCGACCUACCUAAAGACAUGACCCUCAUUCCCAGCAUUCAGGACAUCAUUACUAUCGCCCAUCCAGAGUCCAAAAAAGGAGCAGGGACUGAUCCGGACCCCCUCUCCCAGAGACACACAGCCCUGAGCUCUUUCAAACAGGCUCGACCCACUUUUGCUAUCACGCGUAGUUCAGCAGAUAUCAGCUUUUCUGAAUCACAGACUUCAACGGUUGUGGUAAAAGAGCUGCCUGAUGUCGACAAUCCUCUUUCCCUAGAAGAGGAUGAGGAUCAGACUGUACCGUGUAACGACCUUACUGAAACCCAGUGCAGUGUGCAGGAGCAUGCAGAGCAGGAGUGGGACAAAAUGUCAUCAGAGGUUAAAACCAGUACAGCUGAAAGGGAAGGGACCAGCCAGGCUUCCCAGCUUCCUAUUUAUGUGAACCAAGCUCAAAGUAUAACUGAACAUAAACACGAGUGCCCCAGUGUCCAUACGCUCAUUCGAGACUUAAAUGGACACCAGUACCAUAAAAGCGCAAGACCACAGAGUGUGUGUGAGCACAGUCCUGGUCAUCAGUGUCUGAGCCAAGCCUCUCAUAUGGUAGUGAAUCUGAAGUCAACUGUGAGUGUGAGUGUUCGGCAGGACUCAGUGGACUCUGGAAUCUCCACCUCCAGCAGUAUCAAGCUUUGUACCGAUGCUCCAUAUCCAGAUAACCCGCAGCCCAAGGGUGUGGUGGGGAGGCUCAUGUCCCUUGAGGUGGGAGGUUUAGACUGCACUAAAAUGAGGGAGAACACUGCAAUUCCAUCAGGUCUGUCACCAGAAGCAGCGGAGCUCGAAACAGAGCCUGUCCACCUCGACCACCAGCAGUUUGAGGAGGAAGAAGAAGAACUGGAGGACAUCUGGAACCAGACUACUAACUACAGACAGAGCAUCUGCUCAGACAUCAUAUACCAGCCCAACCAGGAAGAGACUGAACCGUCAGACCAAUCCAGAGAGGCCCCUCCCCGCUCACCUUCACCGAAGUCCCCAGCUGUGCUCUACAGGAACCUGGCCACAGCCUCGGCACCCAACCUCCUCGUGGCCGAGUUUAGACUGCCCCCCUGCAUUCAGAGCUUGCUUGGUUACGACAAGGAGCAGAGUCCCAAAGGUCACCACCCUCCACUGGCCAAGGGAGACAGGAGGUCGUGGGCGGCCUUUCCUCACAGGGAACCAGCCAGCAAGACCUCAGUGACAGUGAACGAGACGGCGUCUGAUCCAGUGAAGCUGCCAGACGUAGCAGACAAUCAGAGAUAUAUUUAUCAAUAUAGAGAGGACGAGGAGGAGGAAGAGGAGGUGGAGGAGGCAAAGGUGGGGGAGGAGGUGGAUGAGCAUACAGAUUGUUCGAAGGACCAGUCAAUGAGCCUGCUGUCAGUUCACAUGGGUUUGGAUGGCGUCUGUCAGCAAAGAAAAGCCUCUCAAAGCCUGGACAACAUGGAGAAGCAGGAAGGAUCAGUGGCCACAGGAGGGCGCUAUAUCACCCUGAGUGGAAAGCCUGAGCUGCAGUCUAUGGAGGGAACGCUUGAGAGGAAGCACAAGCUGCAGCUGGGAGGGAAGAAAGCAGCCUCCAGAGGCUGGAACUCCUACCAUGCUGUCCUAUAUAGACACACCUUGUGCUUCUACCAGGAUAGAAAGGAUACACUGAGGAGCUCUGCAUGUGGCCUGCCGCUGAACCUCAUGGGAGCUGAGUGUUCACCUGCACCAGAGUACACCAAAAAACCCAACUGCUUUCGACUACAGCUCCGUGAUGGGUCUGAAUACCUGCUCAAUGCCUCCUCGCGCUUCAUGAUGAAGAAAUGGAUGAUGAAAAUACAAGCAAACACAGGUCAGAGUGAGUCUGCGUCGUCAUUAUCAAGUGUCCCAGCUGAUGAAGACUUCCACAUUUCUUUAAAGCCCGCCCUCUGCUCCAGUUGUCGCAGUCUUGACAAAUGCCACUGCUCCUCCCGACAUGAUGUCACUUCCACGUUCCCCUGGCGCAAACCACCAGGCGCCGCCAAAACCAAGGAGAUUGUUGUCCUCAGCAGAGAGUUCACUCACAUGCCACUGAGUCAUUUAAGGAGUGUGGAUGAGCAGUCGACCGUCUCAUCCUCAGAUGGAGGCUGCUGUGAUGAUGAUGAAGGCAGUUUAAAGCAGACAGUGACUCACAGAUUGUCUGGACCAUCCAGAGACAACACCUCCUCCUCCCCUCUCUCCCCUGUAUCCAGCAGUCACGACUGGCUCAGCAACAAGCGUCGCUCCCACUCCUUCACAUCAGCAACCUUUCAGAAGAUCAAACCGAUGUUGCACACCGCUGGAGGCAGAGGCCUGGAAAGAGGCUCCAACUACUGUGUGACUCUUGUAGUUGGAGAUAAGUCAUCAGACAGUCAAUCUGUUAGCAGAAGUUCUGAGCCCCCGCUGCUGACCUCAGCUGGAUGGCAGCAGGACACCUAUCAGGACUCUGCUCUGAGGAGCUACGCCAGCCUGCCACGGCCACGCAACAAGUCCGUCUUCAAAAAGUUCUUUGGAAAAAGGGAUCUCUGAGUUUUUUGAGUGAUUUUACUAAUAAAGGGUUGUAGAAAUAGUUUCUAAUGUGCAGUGCACAUAUUUGUUGAAAACCCAAAUAGAAAAAAACAAACAAAAAAACUCUACUACUGACUAUAUUUAUGAUCGGAAGAGCUACCAUGGUUUUAUUUUUGAUGUGUUUUAUAGAAAUCACUUCAUGGUCUAAAAGGUCCUUACAAUAGGUCAUUUUUUUUUGAGUGUUUAUGUUGUUCUGUACUGUGUGAGUGUGCACUGUGUAGUUGUGUAGAUUUGAUUAAUGGAAAAAACACAUUUUCUCACCAGUCUUACUUCGUAUUUCCUUUUGUAUUAUUUUUGGAUUGUUGUGUUAUUGGGUUACCAGUCUCUGUAUAAAGUAAACCAACCAGCUCAAUGAAGAAUCAGAAAGAAAAAAAAUAGUAGAGAGUAGUCCCAGUGAUGAUUCUGCUAUGUUUGAGUAUAAACAAUAACCUGAACUCAUGUCACUUGCUGUACCAGACCAUACAGCUCCCCUCCUUCACAUGUACAGUGUGUGGUGCACCAGAAGAUUUUCCUUCUUAUACUAAAAUCAGCAGUUUGAUACUGCCUGAGCUGGUCUGGUAUUAACACAUUUUUAAUACUAAUUGUAGCAAAGGCUAUUCAUAA